AACACUAACACCAACACCGCCGAUCCUCCUCCUCCCACCUCUUCUUUCAAGCUUAGUUCUGCCAUCGAGAAGCCCAAACACAACUCCAUACAUAGUUAUCAUGUUGCUACUACGUGCCUAAAUUCAGCAACUAUUGAUUUGAGUUGGAUGGUGAUUGUUUUCCUUUGUUUCAAUUUCUGCAACUAUAUCGUAUUUUGUAUGUUGUUGAAUUCUUGCACGAAUGCUGCCGAUGCAUGCAAGACUUUCACCCUCUUCAAAAAUCGAUUCUCACUUGUUCUAACUUUGUGUUUAAAUUCUGCAACUUUGUGUUUUUCACUUUUACUUCUUAAAUUUGUUGUAAUGUUCUUACUGUCCAUGCUGUUGUGUUGAACUGUUUAUUUUUAAUUUUUUUUAAUUAUAUAAAUUGGGUUUGUAUUUUUAUUUAUCUACACCCAUUAGGCCAUUACUAAGUACAAAAGGUGAAAAUGUUGUUUUUAAUGAAUGUGGUUUCAGAGCAAUAAUACUGAUAUUGUUUUAGGCGAAUCGCAUUGGAUUCAUUUUGCUGAAGUGUUAGGUUUUGAAUUGUGUGAAUUUUAUGAUGACACUACAUUGACGAUGAAUAAAGAUGAAAUGUUCCAUCAGUCCCCCAUAAUAGAAGCAAAAAUGGGUCAAAGAUAGUUGAUAUAUUUGAUUCAAAUUUUGGACUAGGCCCUGUUUGGAUAAACAACUUAUAGCAUAAGCACUUAUGUAUAAGCUACUUUUUUAAUAUAGCGUAAAAUAAAGUCAAAUUGUUUUUAUAUAUAAGUUAGAAGCUAUUUUCAUAAGCUAUCCUGGUUAGCUUAUGAAAAUUUGCUAAAAACAACUUAUGAACAUGUCGUAAGCUGUUACCAUAAACUUUUCCAAACAGUCUCACAAGUGCUUAUGUGAGUAGGCAAACUCAAAUAAGUCAAUCCAAACAUCAACUUUCUUUGACACAUUUCCACUCAUAUAUCAGGACCGAGGGAGUAGACAUACAGAGGAGGGAAUAGUGGGGAAGGGAAGACGGAAGUGAGUGAGUGAGAGUGAGUUUGGAAUAAAUAUUCUCUCAAUUUGAAGUGAUUUAAAUAAUUUAAGUAAAUGCAAUCGUUGUUCAAGAGUUUAUGGCAAUCAAUUUUUCUUCCCUAGGCCUCCUAAUACAUAGUGUAAGUUAUAAGUACUCACUUCAACAAGGCUGUCAUUGUGAUGGGAUUUAUUUUUUUUGUGCUGUUGAAUUUGGGAGAGUUAAGAUAGGGAAACAUGAUACUAUGGAGCUGCCGCCAUAAUUGGGUCAAACUCAUUGUAAAUAUGUGGUAGGUACUAGGCAGUCUUACCUUGCAUUUGCUAGAAACAAAUUCCACUGAUUGAGUAACCUAUUGUUAAUGCAUCAACAACAAUUCCAGUAAUUCAAAAUGUUUGAAUUGUAGCAAGCGGCAGCCGAUGUUGCAUCAUGGAAAAUAGCUUUUUGUCCAAAAUCCGCUACACUAAAGUGCUAUAGCAUUGAUAUAGCCGUUUUGACAACACUUUAUACUAAAUUGCGUAUCACGGAACUAUAGUGAUUUUUUCAAAUUCCGCUAUGCUAUGCCUAUAUCCACUAUUUGACAACACAAGUGGGAGUUUAAUUGUAUCAAUAGAGAAAAGGGUUAUUAAAGAGGUUUGUGAGUUUGUCAUACUGAUAGGUUGCUUAGAAGAUGUUUAUAGAAAUGUCUUGUUUCCACAUACAAGUAUAGUUAACUUAUUUUUGUCAUUGUUAUUUCAGUUUAUUUCUUUCCACUUGAGCUAUCCCUAGAUUUAUAUAACCCAAAUUAUUUUUCUGCUGAUGUCACUUAUUUUCUUACUCAAGUAGCCAUUUUAUAACUGAUUUUGAACCACUCUUUUAUCUGGCAGUACAUUUCCAGCGUCGAAAACUCAAUGUGCUUGAAAACCAUGUGUGCUUGUCAAUAAGAGCUUCCUUUUCCUCCAAAUCAGAUGGCUUUUCUAUUUCAGAAAUUUCAAUAGCUUGAAAACCAUGUGUGCUUGUCAAUAGCAGCUUCCUUUUAUUAAAAAAUGUUCAGAUUCCUCCAAUAUAGUCAACGGUGUGCGAUGUCUUCUGCGACGGUCUUCUAUGUAGAUACUAAUUUGUUUUCCAAAAACUUAGCUGCCACGUCAAGCUAUGUUACUAAUUAUAAAACUUCGACUUGUUGCCCUAUAUUGAAAAAAGUAUAAUGACUGUGAUAGAAACCAGAAUUUUAUUGACUGAAAUUGAUGAGCUCUGAAGCUCUUACAAUGCUGGAAAUCUGAAAAUGCAGAAAAUGAACUAAACCAGAGUUCUAAGAACUCCUAAACCAGUGCACAACUGCACCUAAUCCAGAGAAAUAUUCUCCUAACUAUUUUCUAACUAUAUUUCUGAAUGAUUUUCUAACUACCCUUCCCUCUCUUUUAUAACAGAAAUCUGUAACAGAAUUCCAUAAAGUCUGUGAAUAUACUAACUAACUCUUAUUGUCUAAUCAACCUAUCUUUUGGGCCAAGGCCCAAUAUCUUUCCAACACAGACAAUCAGUGGUAUAGGCUUUCUUUAAUAUUAAGAAUGUGAUAUGAACCUUUGUGAAGGACUAUAGUCACAAGUCUAGACAUGGAAGAGUCCUUGUGAUAGACAUAUGGUGAAUGCAGUGAAGUGGAAUUGUCCUUGACAGAGUCCCUUUUAAGGAUACUAAAAAUGAAAGAAUACUUGAUUGAUUUUUUUAUUAAAUAUAGUUUUUUUCAAAGACUGUUAAUAAUAAAGGAAAGAGAUCAUGAAUGUUAGGAUCCUGACUAACAAGGAAAUAGAUCCCAAAUUAUAAGAGCUUAAUCAAUUAAAGGACUAUGCUGAUUAUAAUUUAACCUAUAAAGGAAACAAAAAUAAAACAAUUAACAAAAAAACAAAAAUCUGAUUCAGCUGCUGCCUUCAUUUUCUGAUAUUGCUGUCCCACAAAAGCAUCCACAUCACCACUUCUCUAAUAUUACUCUUCUCGGCUUUGAACCUGUCCUCAAGCUCAAACUCUGGAUGGAAUUUGUAGAAGUGGUCAACCGGUUCCCAAAUGGCAUCUACUUGACGACAUUUUGCCGAGUGCUCUAACUGCUCCUGUUUCUCACGGUUGAUUCUACUGCAACGAAUAGCAUGAAGAGUUGGUAGGCUUUGCUGUUACAUAAGGGUUGUAAAUUGGUAGUUCAUCUACAGCAGCUGGUUGGGAUCCUUCGUACUCUUUUAGGGGAGCCACCUGGAACACAUCUUGUCUUCUAUUGAAGUUGCAGCCACACUCAAUCCCCGUCUGUUAAAGUCAACUUUAUAUGCCUCAGUUUAGCAGCUAAGCAAGGCAACAUGAAAUACAAAAAACCAUUCCGAAUUUUUUAUGUUUAUAACCGAGGAACCCCCCUAAGUUUCAACCACAUCAGAAUGUUAUGAUUAUUGAUCCAAAAAUCUGACCAUUCCCUAGAUCCUUCCCAGCUGAAGUUUUCCCCUUUAUAGAACUAUUGGAUAUCCCUUAUGAUGUUAUUGAAUAUAAUAAUGAUCAACUCUGAUUGUCUUUUGAACUUGAUUACGUCUUACGAUGAAGAUUGACUCUUGUUGGCUCUUCAUUUUAAGAUUUCACAGAUAAUUUGUAAUCUGUUUGAUGUUAUUGUAGGUUUAUAUAAACUUGAUGCAUAUUUUUUCAAUGUUGUUGUGUAUAUGAUUCUUUUCCAUGUUAACAUCGUAACAUGUUUUGCUCAUGCAAAGACUUGAAUCUCCAGCUACAAUCUAUUGGGGAAGAAUGCUACUGAAACAGAUGCAGAAGAGAUUAUUGAAAUGGCCAGUAAAGCCUCUGUUGCUGAUCAACACAUGCAAGUGCAAGAAAAUAUUCAUUCUCAAAUUAAAACAUUUUGCACGUUUAUGGAUGAAGUUCUUCUUCCAACUAAAAAGACGGUGAAUGACGACUCCUUUGAGUUCUCUCAACAAACAAACAUUUCACCUCAACAUAGUGAGCUUAUUUCUGCCAAUGGUUGUGCAGCUGUCCCUAAACAAAGAUCAAUAAGCCAAGCCGAACUUUCUCAGAAAUUAAAGGAUGGAUUUGGCUUCAAGCUCGAUGUUAAACCUUCCCAAAUAUCUCACAAGGAAGCCGGCCAAGGUCUAUUUUUAGACGGUGUAGUAGAUGUUGGUGCCGUGCUAGCCUUGUAUCCUGGUGUAAUCUAUUCUCCAGCUUAUCAUCAUUAUAUUCCUGGAUAUCUUGAUGAUCAGAACCCCUAUUUGAUUACAAGACAUGAUGGAACUGUCAUCGUCGCCCAACCUUGGGGUCGUGGAGGUGAUGAGAAAGAACUAUGGAAUGGUAGAAAAAUGGUAGAUAACAAGACUGAUAUGGUAGUAGUUGAGGAAGGGUCUCAAGUAGAUAAUAGUGACGACGCACUCGAGCGUAGAAAUCCAUUAGCCUUGGCACAUUUUGCUAAUCACCCUCCGAAAGGGAUGCUUCCAAAUGUCAUGAUUUGCCCUUAUGACUUUCCAUUGAUUGAAAACAACAUGAGAGCUUACAUUCCUAAUAUAUUAUAUGGAAAUGCAGAAGUAAAUAUGAAGAAAUUUGGCAGUUUUUGGUUCAAAUCUAGAGUUCCAAGAAAUAGUGAAUCACAUGUUCCUACUCUGAAAACUGUUGUUUUGGUAGCAACUAGGGCUCUUCAAGAUGAGGAACUUCUCCUGAACUACAGGUUGAGCAACACGAAGCGGUGGCCUGAAUGGUAUGCUCUAGUGGACGAAGAAGAUAUCAUAGAAAAGUGAAACUAGCCGAUGACUUGAUAGAGUCGCGGUGGCUUAAUGAAGCCAUUUUUUCUUUUAUGUUGUCUUGACAAGCUGUAGUGUCAUUGUUAUUUUUUUAAUUAAUUAAAGUGAUAUUAAUGACCAUUUUUUACAUCUGUCUUUGAGAA